AUGAAUCAAAACGAUUUAUUUCUUAUUGAAGGGAUACAAUUUUAGAGGAAUAACAAAUAAGAAAUCUUUUUGAUUCCUUAUGGAAAUGGAUUAAAGAUGAUUAACACUCUCAAUCAUUCCUUAUUAUUAAACAUAGAUUUUUGUGAUGAAGAAGUAAUUUUUGAUUGGAGUCUUUACAAAAGUAAAAAAGGUGAUGAGAAUCUGUAUUUCAUUAUACAUUUCCAUGGAUAGUUAUUCAAAGUUUUUGGAACUCCAAAUUAAUUAGAUUCAAUGUAUGAAUUUUCUGCAGGAAAAUUCAUUUUCAAAAGGAACGAUAUUUAUUCUUUAGAUUGCAUAAAUGAGUCUAUGUCCACAUAUCAAUUAUUGACAAUAAUUAAUAGACAUAAUGGUAAAAAAUACAUUGAAAAAAGAAUUAAUUAAAUAUAUUCUUAAUAAAUAUCCAAUUCAAGUAUCACGGAUUUUGGAUAAGAACAAAUACCUGAAGAGAUACGAGUCAUCUAACUAUUAAACAUCCAACGUUGUCCUUACAUCAUGAAAAUAGACUAACUCACUUACGAUGGAGAAUGCUAUUCGAUUAUAUAUUAAAGUUCAAAUUAAAUAUCUCUAAGAUAAAUAUUGAAAAAAUACAAGAAUCCACCAAUAUCCUUUAUAAUUGAAAUCCUAGAAUAACUCCUAUUAGUGUUGAACAUAUUUGAAGAGCUAAAAAUAAUUCAUAAUGGAAUUACAUUGGACAAUAUCUGUUAUUCUCAAGAAUUCAAUUUAAUAUUUUUGUGUAAUUUCUCAUUUUCAAUAUUUGAAACUCAGAAUCAAUAACAAAUAAAAGGUAACUCAAUUGGGUUUGUUCCACCAGAGCAAUAUUAAAUUAAUUAGCGAAUCUCCACUUCAGCCAACACAUACUAAUUAGGAGUUCUUCUAUACUACAUGCUAUUUAACGAAAACCCAUUUGGAAAAGAUUAAAAAAAUAUAUUCUUUAAUAAUAUUGCUGGAAAAUAUUAAAUUCCAAAUACAAAAUAGGAUAAGAAUAUUAUUGAAAUAAUGAAAUCUAUGCUUUAAAAGAAUCCUUAGAAAAGAAAAGCCUCAAAGGAAUAUUUGACAUCGAAGAUUUUUAUGCCAUCCUAUCGAUCUAAGAUGUCAAAACAUAGUUUCUUUACUUUUUUUUAGGAAAACUUUAAAUAAAAAAUUGAUGAAUAUGAGGUUGGGGAUGAUCUUAUCUAUGCUUAAAGUGUGAAAUCAUUGUAAAUAAGUAAAGGGAUUAAGAAAUGA